GUGUCCUCUCUACAGGUGUCCUCUCUACAGGUGUCCUCUCUACAGGUGUCCUCUCUACAGGUGUCCUCUCUACAGGUGUCCUCUCUACAGGUGUCCUCUCUACAGGUGUCCUCUCUACAGGUGUCCUCUCUACAGGUGUCCUCUCUACAGGUGUCCUCUCUACAGGUGUCCUCUCUACAGGUGUCCUCUCUACAGGUGUCCUCUCUACAGGUGUCCUCUCUACAG